UAAGGGGGUGAAGAGCAGGUUUAAUACCAAGAAUCCAGAACACAGAGCACUAACUUCCUGUCCUUCAAGAGCAAAUUCCAGUGCUUGGAUGUGAAUCUGGUUGGACCUGUUGUGGGGGCGCCGCCUCCUCCAGCUCUGACAGUAAAGUGACGAUGCAGGCUUUGAUGUGAACAGAGUGAGGACGACAACAUGGAGGCAGGCGCCGCUUUGCUGCUGCUGCUCGCAGUUUUGGGGUCGAGUUCAGCCGAAUUCUAUGGAGACAGCAUCAGUUUCAUGCAGCCUCGUGUGAAAAAAGACGGAACCGUCCAGGUGACCUUCUACCACAGGCAGAACGGCAGAGGCGACUGCACCAACCAGUCGUCCCUCGCCUGUGUGGAUGGAGCUUGCGCUGGCGUGGAUGCAGUCCAGUUCCAGGAGACAGACACGGACGCUACGGGUCAGAACCGGUACUGCCAGACCGAAGACUACGAGAGUGCCACCGUCUUUGCCAAUCAAAGCUCUCUGAGUUUGAGUGACUCAGGCUGCUGCUGGAAAACCAACAUCGAGGGAAAAACCAGCUGGACCUCCAAGGCAGAGCUGGACCUGGGAACCCGAUCGGACUCCCACUCCAUCAACAGCUGCCCCGUGACCACCACUGUGUCCUCUCUGAGGAUUCCUCAGAACUGUUUCACCAGAGUCCGUCUCCUGGCUCACGAUCCAGACGGAGAUGAAGUGAGGUGCCGCUUUGCUGAUGGAGCCACUGCCCCCGCCAACACCAGUCUAGUUGAGAAUACAUGCACCCUGGAAAGCGAUGGCCAGGUUCAGGCUGGUGUGCACGUGUUUGAGGUGAUGGUGGAGGACUUUCCCUCUAAAAACAUCACGCUGACCUACAGAGAUGGGACCUCAGCUCUUCGAGCUGGCUCUGACUCUACUCCUCUUUGCAGAGUGAAGCUGCAGUUUGUCAUUGAGGUCCUCCAGGCAGCGAGCUGUGACUCGCAGCCCACGUUUUUGUCCAGGACGCCCUCGCAUGGAGACGUUCUUCACGCCCCCGUGGGCAAGGCCUUCCACCUUUUGGCAGAAGCCCAGGCCACAUCUCAGAUAACGGACUUCCAGGUCAGCGGCCCCCUGAACAUCAACAAAACCGUCACUCAGGGCACCACGGCAGAGCUGAGCCUGAACUGGACACCACAGAGCUCAGACCUCUACAGAUUUGUGCCAAUCUGCUUCACAGCAGAAACACUGAACAUGCAGUCAGAGAUGAGAUGUGUCGUUGUCAUGGUAACCCAAGCAGCUGCCGUUCAAGGCAAGGCCACAGUUCAAUGCUUUCCCAACAAGAUGAUGGUUAUCCUGGAAAAGGCUUCCAUGCCUGGUAUUGAUAUCAACUUCCUCCAACUGACCGACCCGUCUUGCUCCCUCACGUCCAACGACACUCACAUCAUGGGCUCCAUGUCCUUCAGCACCUGUGGCACCAAACUCGAGGAUAAAGGGGACUACAUGGUUUUCAAAAACCGGAUCAACUCCUAUGUGCUCCCUGGUGAGGUCAUUGUCCGAAGACGCACCAUUAAGAUCGACUUUUCCUGCGAGUUUCCCAAAACCAUCAGCAUCUCUAGCUACUACAACCUCCACAACGCCGACUACAUCUUCACUGAGUCUAGUUUUGGAAGCUUUGGCUACACCUUUGACAUCUACCGUGACGGUAACUUUACAACCAAGGUGGAGCCCAGUGCAUACCCGGUGCAGGUCAAGCUAAUGGACAUGAUUUACAUGGGAAUUCAAGCAAAGUCUGAGCUCCCAAACGUGACUUUGUUUGUUGAGUCAUGCAGAGCCACUCCAGACGACAACCCUGACAAUACUCUCUUUUAUGACCUGAUCCAAAAUGGUUGUUCGAAAGAUCCAACACUUAAAAGCUACUUGGUCGAUCAAAAUUCAUACAACUUUGAAGUCCAGGCCUUCAAAUUCACUGGAAACUACGACCAGGUGUACAUCACCUGUUCCGUCAUCUUGUGCGAACCAGACAAUCCCUUUUCCAGAUGUGCUCAGGGAUGUUUGAAUGAACCCUUCCGCCGACGCAAAAGAGGCCUGAGCAAGGAGACGAGCAGCCAUUACAUCAUCCAGGGACCUCUGCAGUUUGUCAGAUCAGCGGCCCCCAUCAUGGCCGGAGACAUGCUGGAGCCUGAGAUGAGAAAGAUUGAUGUCCCUGCUGCAGUGAACCCUCCAGCAUCUGCUUCAGGGAGUAAACCUGACCCUAGAUCAGACAUCAGAUCAGAAACCAGGCCAGAAACCAGGUCAGGCAGCCACGGUUCUGGAGUCAUGGCGGUCUUCACAUCCAACCUCACCACAGUGGUGUUUGCGACAGCCUUCGUGGUGUCCGUGGUGUUGCUGGUUUUGGUUAUCCGUCACUACAGCAGGAGGAGGACAGCGGAGGACCGCAAAGUUCUCAUCGAAGAAGACCCUCAGAGCUAAACCCAGCAAGAACGCUCAUCCUUCCUCCUUUUCAUAUCAGCCACCCAAUGUGCUAAAAUACAUUCAGAAUUUCAGUCAUGGCUCUACAUCUUUAGAAAGGCUCUGAUUCACGAUAAUCUGUUUUAUUCCCACAUUUAUGGUGGAGUUUAAAGCAACACAGAAAAACUAAUGAUUACAAUCUAUGAUAAAGAAGAGAAGGAUGAGUUUGAUAAUAUAUGCAUUACUCUCAUACAUAUUACUGUCAGCCUGCAUGUUUAUGAAAAUUUAAAAGUGAAGCUAAGUGGGUCACUGAAGGGCAUCUUUAACCCUUUAACACCGGAGCUCCAGUCUUUAUGUUCUUUAAUUAACUGUAAAUUUAAAUUUUUAACAGAAUCUACUGGAAUUAUGUUGAUCAUCAACAUCACCAUCAAAUUCUUUUGUGUAUUUAUGCCUACAAUGACUUGAGAAAUGGGCGGGUAAAUGGGCACUAUCAUGAGUCUUCACAAACAAUAAAAUGCUUCUGGGUU